GCAGACGCUUGAUAUUCCCCGCGGUGAAGUCUUUACAGAAUGUGUACCUUACUUGUAGCUUAGUUCGCUAAGCUAUGUAACGAAUAGAACUUGAAUGUGAGCAUGGAUGAAGUCGUUAUUGUGGAAGAAUUAAACCCGGCGGCGGAAGUUCUGGACUUUCUCGCUGAAGAUGCGCUUCCCGUGGAAAUCCCAGCUCAAGAUGAUGCGGUGAAUGUAAAUGACUCCAUUCCCGCCGAACAACCUGGUUCAGCCAUUGCGUUCUCGCCAGUUGUAGUGCAAGACGCAUUCCCGCUGGAAAAAACUCCUACCAUGCCCAGUCCGUUGUUUUCAUCCAGCAGGAGGAGUCUCAAACGACCUCGAUUACUUGAAGAGGAUUCCGUCGCUGAACCGGACUCUUGUGUGAUAUGUUUCGAACCUUAUACCUCGAUGGGGCCGCACAGGCUGGUUUCCCUGAAAUGCGGACACAUUUUCGGGGACAUCUGCGUGCGGAAGUGUUUAGAGCAGCAUCGGAAAUGUCCUCAGUGCAACAGCAAAGCGAAGUUGAGCGACAUCCGAAUACUGUACGCCUCUGCAUUAAUUGCGAUGGACAACUCGGAAGUGGAAAACUUAAAAGGCCAAGCAGAAAAUCUUGUUCGGAUGCUGAAAGAAAAGGAUAUUGUCAUCAACCAAUACGAAUUGCAAAUGAUUUGCUACCGAGAUCGAAUCUCUCGGUUGGAGAAGGAGAACGAAAUGCUGCGAGUUCAACGAGUGCGAGACGAUCAACCGGUUUCCAUUCAAGUCUCUUCCCGCAUCGGAGCCAAAUGCGUGGACACUUGCGAACUUUCCAAGACCGGAACUUGCCGAGUUUUAGCCUAUUCUUCCGGCGGAACUCACGGCGUCGUGUCCAUGUCUCAUCCCUCGUCCCUGUUCACAAACCUCAAAUUUGGCUUGAAGAAGUUCAAGGCUGGCGGGAUGAAGUCUGCAGAUUUCAUUGGACUCCACGGGAAGGAGAUUCGUGACGUCGCCUUUGCCCCGGACGACGAAGACUUGGUGUUGACUGUGUCUUUGGACCAGGCCGUGAAGAUUUAUGAUGUGCGGACGAAGAAUGCCGUGAAUUCUGCCGGGGAAGACCAGCCGAUCUGGGCGUGUUGUUGGAAUCCCGUUCAACCUAAACUGCUUUAUGUUGGACUUCAAAAUGGAAUCGUUCGUCAGUACGACGUGAGGAAAUUCGACGAGGUCUGCGAGACGGUUUGUGCCACGAAGGGACCCGGUGUGGUGAGUCUUGCCUACGCACUUCCCGACACCAGGGACAACCUUUUCCCCAGUGGCGGCCUCUUGGUCGGCACCCUCAAAACCGUGCUAUUCUACAACAACGCCAACCGAGGCACGGUCGUCGUGCCCGCAGGCGCGGAUUCCUUCACGUACGUGGAGUUUGAGAACCAAACCCGACACGCGUUGCUGUCCAAACGCGCCUGCGCCACUUCCCCGUAUGCCAAACACUGCGUGGGCCAGAUCUCACAGAAAAUGGCUGAAGGCGGUUUGUCCUGCACCUUUGGCACCGUCACGUCGAUUCGCGGGGCGAAGGACUCUGGGAAACUGUGUCGCAGUUUGAUGUUUGGGAAUCCGUUUAAUCGCGAGGCGGCUGUCGUGGUGGCGGACUUUGACGGGUCGUCGGCGGGGAUGUACGAUGCCGGGUCGGGGCGCAGUUUGCAGCGCAUUCCAACGAAGGCGCCGGUGCUGGACGCCAAAAAGUUCACUGUCGGGGAAUCUCAUUACAUGGCAUUGCUCACUGCCCACGGAUUGAGUGUGCAGGAGUUGUCCGUAUGCAACUAACUGAAUUCCGAGUCUUUCCGGAGAUUCUUUUGUUUUUUUGUGUUUUCGUGUAUUGCAUCUUUUUUUCUUCUGUGAAAUCGGGAUUUGAGGAGCAAGAAAAAAAAAGAACAAGCUGAGGAUUAAUUUCCUUCAAUGCGACGUCACGACCUUUUAACCGGUUUGGGAUCGAGAUAGAACCAGUAUUUUCCCUUGUUGGCUGUUCCUUCUUCUGAUGAAGCAUUAUUCUUGCUUGUUUUUUUUUUUUUUGGGGAUAAGAAGCAAAAUAAUUCGUGCCAUAUUAAUGUUGACGUGGUGAGGUCUUGAUUAUCGAAGAGAAUGUUCAAAAGUUCUAAAAAUAAGCAAAACACCAUUUUUUUUUAAACUUCCGUGAGGUUUCGGAAAUAACUUGAAGUUCCUUCAUUAUCAAUAUUUAGUUUCGCAUUUAAAUUUCUUUGAUUUUAUUUAAAUUGAUUCUAAAUUCAAAUAAAUCAAUUCUCCAG